UUUUAGCAGUCGCGGUAGAAAAAAUGAGGGAAAGGCACAAACGACGACGUUUAGCAUGCGGUGAAAUUGGAAAUAAAUCUUUGCGGUAGGCAUUGGGAAUUGCAUAAAUAGCGUAGCUAUCGGGCAGCGUGCUUCACAAACUAAAGAGUAUUAAACAAUUUGGAAAAGCGGAAAGUGUAUAGUUUCAACAGCGCACGCGGUGGAAAAGAAUCAUUACAAAAGUGAAUAAAAUAGGAAGUGAAAAUAUAAUAUAUUUAACUUAAGAAAAAGUAUACCAAAUAGGAGGAUAACUAGCAAUCAGUCCAAAAGACGUGUGCAUGUGUUAUUGAAGGCAACAUUUCUGAUUUGUUGUGGACAAUCGGGUAUACUAAUUAUCACGAAGAAACUUUCCUGCGGAGCCGACAAUAAAAUCUUAGUUUUAGAAAUUUCUCUAUCGUGUGGGAGCCACCCAAACUCAAAAUUUCCGUCUAUUUAUUCAAGAGUGAGUGAGGUCAUUCAGUGGGUACCUUUCAACGCAAUAUAACUUCUAUAUGUAUGAAAUUUAUUUGAGGAAACCAAACCUCACGAAUUAAACUGGCGCCGAUUGAAAAGCGCAUUACAAACUUAGUGUAUCAUUCUAUAUAAAAACACGAAACUAUACAGCAGUUAUAAUUAUUUCUCUUGGCUGAAUUUAGUCAAAUAAGUCGCAAUAUUAAUAAAAAAAACGGCGAUUUGCCAAUUUACGAAUAUAUCACCAGUUAAGUGCAUUUCUGACCGGUCAAUAAAAGUGCGCUUCAUAUUUUUUAACAUUACACAAUAAGCACUUGAUUUAUAUGUAUUACUCGUCUGUGGUUGAGGAUUUCGUGACAAAAAUUACUUACCAAGAGAGAUAUCAGCUAAACCAAGCCAUUUAAAUUGAAGGAAUAUAAACAGGUGUAUAGUGCGACACUAGAAGUUGUAACAAAGUUCUCAAACAAUUAUAACUCAAUUAAACGUAACGUACAACACACAGUCGAAAUGGGUCUACUCAGCGAAGGCACUCCACUCUCUUGGGAAGAAACCAAAAAAUUGUCUAAUCAUGUACGCGAACAUGGUAUUUCGCAGUUCAUUAAUCUCUAUCACAGGCUAAAAGAUCGCACUGGUGACAUACUCAAAUGGGGCGAUGAGGUUGAAUAUAUAAUUGUUAAAUUUGACGAUGACCAACAAGUCGCACGUGUUUCACUUAAAGCAGAGCAAUUGCUUAGUCAUCUAAAUGAAAAAGAAUUGGCGGAUCCGAAUGGUGUCAAAUCAUUAUGGCGUCCAGAGUAUGGUGCAUAUAUGAUUGAGGGUACGCCAGGCAAACCAUUUGGCGGUCUGAUGGCACAUUUCAAUCUCGUUGAAGCCAAUAUGCGUUAUCGCCGUGAAGAGGUCACCGAAUUGUUGGACAAGGACGAGUGUGUCAUGUCCAUAACGAAUUUUCCACGUUUGGGUGCACCAGAAUUUACACAUCCCAUCUAUUAUCCGAAUCCGGAUGAUCCGAAUAGCUCGGCUAAAUCGUUAUAUUUCCCAGAUGAAGCCAUAUAUCCGGGUCAUCCACGCUACAAGACGCUAACACGUAAUAUACGCAAGAGACGUGGCGAGAAAGUCGCCAUCAAAUUGAAAGUUUUUAAAGAUGUCAACACAAAGUUGCCUGUUGAGGGCGCUCCUAAAGGUGAACCCGAUGUAGUGUUGUUAGAUGCUAUGGGUUUCGGUAUGGGCUGCUGUUGCCUACAGCUAACAUUCCAAGCAUGUAACAUAAAUGAGGCACGCAAAUUGUACGAUCAAUUGGCGCCAUUGUGUCCUAUUAUGUUGGCGCUUACAGCAGCAUCGCCCGUAUAUCGUGGUUAUCUCACAGAAUCCGAUUGUCGUUGGAAUGUGAUUAGCUCGUCGGUGGACUGUCGCACCGAGGAGGAACGUGGCUUGCGACCAUUAAAAGAAAAUAAAUUCCGUAUCGCUAAAUCGAGAUAUGAUUCAAUUGAUUCAUAUCUCUCACCAGAGGGCGCCAAAUAUAAUGAUGUGCCACUCACUUAUGAUGAGGCAGACUAUAAACGUUUACGUGAUGGCGGCAUUGACCCAUUACUGGCACAGCAUAUGGCGCAUCUAUUCAUACGCGAUACGGUGUCGUUGUUCAGUGAGAAAGUUGAUCAAAACGACGAGGAAGAUACCGAUCACUUUGAGAAUAUUCAAUCGACCAAUUGGCAAACUAUGCGCUUCAAGCCGCCACCACCAAAUUCGUCGAUUGGCUGGCGCGUUGAGUUCCGGCCAUGUGAGGCACAGAUAAGUGACUUUGAAAAUGCUGCCAUUGUAUGCUUUGUUGUGCUGUUGACGCGUGUAAUACUGUCGUAUCAAUUGAAUUUCCUAAUACCCAUAAGCAAGGUUGAUGAAAACAUGCAAACUGCACAGAAACGUGAUGCUUGCCGCAAGGAGAAAUUCUGGUUUCGCAAAACUUCUAAAAAGUCGUGCUACAUAAAUGGCAAUGGUGUUAAUGGACUCUACAAUGGCACCACUAAGGAAAAUGGUGAAACUGAGAAUGAGGAAUUCGAGUUGCUAACAUUAGGCGAAAUAUUCAAUGGAAAGGCCGACUCAUUCCCCGGUCUCGUGCCGCUCAUACGCAGUUACUUACAGUCCAUGGAAGUUGACACUGACACGCAUUGCACAAUUGAGCAGUAUUUGCGUUUUAUAGAGAAACGUGCUUCGGGUGAAUUCGUAACCACAGCCACUUGGAUACGCGAACAAGUGCUAAACCAUCCGGAUUACAAAAAAGACUCGAUUGUGAGUGACCGCAUUAAUUAUGAUUUGCUUAAGCGAAUCAAGGAUAUUCAGGAGGGUAAAGUUAUCGAACCAAUGUUACUUGGUAAAGGCAAUCAUUCCAAGACGAAAGAUUCGCUGCCACCCGCACUGCAGAAACAAUUGAAAUUGAACGGCUGCUGUGAGAACAAAUGACCACCCAAUGCGCAGGCGCAAACUACAAUUGGGCGAAGUUGUGAUGAGCAGUAAAUUUUUUUUAUAUAUAUAAUGCGUAGAAAUAAAAGAAAUGUGAUGCUAUAGGUUUAUGAUGAUGAUGAUGAUGAUGAUGUUGAUGAUGAUGAUGAUUAUAAUGAUGAAAAUCUUUUUUACCCAUCGUCGAUGCUGCAAAUUGUAUGUAUUUUGUUAUUAUUUGAUAAAAAAAAAA